ACUUCAAGCAGAAAUUGCGUGUUCUUCCUCAAUGGCAUAGGGUUUGCAGUUUCUUUGUUUCGACCGAUAAUAUAGUGUACCCGUCGAUACGAUACGAAAAAUCGUUGGGGAUUUUUCCAUUGACUCCUUUGGGUAAAACGCGAAAUUGUUGUCAAUCAAUCGUAUCGAAUCCAUGCGAUACUGAGCGAGCUUCUAGAUGGAUGCCGAAGCUAACCCUCCUCUAAACCCAACUAAAAGCUUGUUUAAAAUAUAGCUGAUUCCCUCCUAUAGACACAAAUGCUCGGCAUGCUAUAAACAAUAUAAGAAGAAAGAACAUCUUAUUGAGCACAUGAAAACCUCGUACCACUCUGUCCAUCAGCCUAGAUGUGGGGUCUGUCAAAAGCACUGCAAAUCUUUUGAGUCUCUGAGGGAGCAUCUUACCGGUCCUUUGCCAAAAGGUCUUUGCUCGAAGAUUUUUUCUCAACAGGGUUGUCAACUUUGUUUGACACUAUUUGAUAGUCCCACAUCUCUCCUUGACCACAGAGAAAUAUGUCGCCUAUCUGCCCCCACCCGUCUAGGAACAAAUGAUUUGCCCUAUACAGGUUCCCAAAUUGAUUGUCAAGAUUCUUCUGAUGAAAACCGCGGUGGCGGGCGCCCUGGAGCAGUUGCAAUGGACUGUGAAAUGGUUGGUGGUGGAAGUGAUGGAUCACUGGAACUUUGUGCUAGAGUUUGCUUGGUUGAUGAAGAUGAGAACUUAAUUUUCCAUACUUAUGUACAGCCUCAAAUCCCUGUUACUAAUUAUAGAUAUGAUAUAACAGGAUUGACUGAAGUGCAUCUCAGAGAUGCCAUGCCACUCAAGGAAGUUCGAGAAAAGGUAUUGCAAAUUCUAUACAAUGGAGAGUCCAUUGGCAAAGUUAGACUGGACGGUGGGAAGGCCAGGCUUCUUGUGGGGCAUGACUUAGCACAUGAUUUAGAUUGCUUGAAAAUGAGUUAUCCCGAUCAUAUGCUGAGAGACACUGCAAAGUACCGUCCAUUGAUGAAAACAAACUUGGUCAGUCAUUCACUCAAGUAUCUUACCCGAACAUAUCUAGGUUAUGACAUACAAUCCGGCACUCAUGACCCAUAUGAAGAUUGUAUUUCUGUCAUGAGACUGUUUAAGAGAAUACGAGCGCAAAAUCAUCCAGAGGAAGGCCAUGGAACUUUGACUCCGAAUAACAACAUUGUUGGCAUGACUGAUAGCUGGAGAUCCAAGGAGCUUGACAACCUCACGCCAGAUGAGCUAUACGCACUGUCAAGAUCAGACUAUAAAUGCUGGUGUUUAGAUUUGAGGCCAAGAUUGGCAGCCUGAAUUAUUGAUCAUGGCCUUUGCCCAUACCAUCAUAUCAUAGCGAAUCUUUCUUCAGAAAAUUGUCUUGCGAUGAUCCUUUCUGUGCAUUUUCUUUCUUAUCCUCCGUGUUAUCCUCCGGACAAAGAAAAGAAUGAAGAGAGAUAGGUCCUUAAUGAUGGAGCUUUGUAAAUAUCUACAUUGCUUUGUUUAAACCAGCUGCCCUGUUUAGAAUCAAAUCAAGACUUGUCUUUUGCAUUAUGUUAAAAGCCUCAAAACUACCGACACCAACAUAAAUAAAGAUAAAGUCUGUUCUUGAUCC